AUGCAGAGUAAGUUUAAUGGAGGAGAAGGGGAUAAAAGAGCCAAGGCAGUUAAUGCUACUAACAAACCUCCCAAAGAAGAGUUCAGCGACUGGCCCCACGGACUGCUAACAAUCGGAACAUUCGGCAACACUACCGAGCUACGAAACAAACAAGAAAACCGAACAAAUCAAAAUCGCUCGGAAAUUGAGAAUGUCCCUCAGGAGGAGCUGCAGUGUUCGUCCCCGGACUUCUCGGAAUUCACGGCUGAGGAAGUUGGGAAGCUAGAAAAGGAGUUGAAAAGGCUCUUGAAUAAAAAACAAUCUUCGAAAUCGGCCGAGGAUCAAAUAAAUGCUGUCCUUCCGUUGGAUAGAUUCCUAAACUGCCCCUCAAGUCUGGACAACCGCGCGAUAUCCAACAGAUUCAGCACUUAUUCUGACGAUAAGGAUGAAGAGGAAAUUGACCGGACGAUCAGGAUCAUACUCCGGAGGUGCAGAGAUGUGAGUGAGAAGAAGAAGAAGAAAACGAUAGGGAAAGAUUCGUUAACUUUUCUGGUCAAGAAAAUGUUCGCUUGCCGUACUGGAUUUGGGCCGACUCCUAGCUUGAGGGAUACUUUUCAAGAAUCAAGAAUGGAAAAGCUGAUGAGGACCUUGCUCACCAAGAAAAUCUACUCUCAGAACUCAUAUAGAGCAUCAUCGUCGAAGAAGUAUUUGGAGGACUACAGGCCCGCAUCAAAGCCCGAAGAAAAAGAAGAAGAGUCGCACGAUAAAAGUCGCGCGGCCAGGUCUAAAUGGGACAAGACGGAUUCUGAAUAUAUUGUUCUAGAGAUUUAG